AUGAGUAAUCUUGCCCUGUUACUCUGCCACCAGCCGGACCACUGCCCCCGGUGCACGCCACGCUGUGCGAAGGCGGCAGCCGCCGCCGCCGCCGCCGCUCGGGGUGCUUCCCUGGUGCCGCCCGCCGGGCAGCCGCCUGCCGCGCCCGGGCCCCCUCCCCCCCCGGCAGCCACGCCCCUCAUCAAGCGCACUCUAGAAAGCAGCAGUCGCGUGCCCGCCCUGUACAUCCCGCCACUCGAUGGCGAGCGCCCUCAAGCCGGGGAUCUGCACAUUUCGGGCCAUGUCCCGAUGCAUCGUCCGGGAAGCCCCGCCCCGCCUCCCGUGACGCCGGCACACUCCCCACGCGAGAGUGAGUUUGCCCUCGAAAAUGAGGACCCCCUCAGCAAGGAGCUGGCUACCGAGCGCCUUUGGCACCCGGAUCCGACCCCCGAGCGUCGACGCUUCUGGGCCGACCAGAUCGUCACCCUGGACGGGCGCCUGGUUCCCCGGCGCCAGGCCGGACGCACGGACAACCUGACGGGCUUUGACCUGAACGACGCCCUCCAGCAUGAGCCCCACCCGCUGCCGGAGGAGCCGGGCUCCUUGGAUGCCUUCUUUCCGUCGAUCGGCUACCAGGCCCCGGUGCAGCCGAGCUCGCCCGUGCCCUCGGCCAUGUCGCCGACGGUGCCCCUUUCCCCGGGAGCCGUGGCCAUCGACAUGGGCUCGGCACCAACCUCCCCGCGGCGGACCCUUUGGCAGCGCAUUGCCGGGGCCCUGUCGCCCCGGGGCGACCCGGCGCACAUGCCGCUGCCCCAGCAGCCGGCCGGCCCGGCGGCCGCCAAUGCCGCGGCCGCCGGAUCGGCCAUCCAGGAAGACGACUGGCGCGACCCGGAGCUGGUGAUCGCCGCCGCCCGGAGUGUCUCCUCGAGCGCCUCGCUGGAUCCCUCCCGCGAUGAGAGCUCCACCAGCAGCGUGGCCGACGAAUUGCGGCCGCUCAUCUCGCACCCGAGGCCGGUCGAGCCGCGGCCCAUCCCCCCGCGUAGCAGCCUCACGGACUACCUCUUCCCCUGGCAGCGAGCCGGCUACCACCAUGAUCCGCUCCCGAACUUCGACCCGGAUCACCCGGCUGACAGUGGCCAGGUGACGGUCAUUCGCCGGACGCCGAUGGCCGGGGGCGGGCAAGUUCUCGGCCCGGACUACUGGCUGGGCGUCGGCAAUGCGCCCACGGCCGAGGUGCUGCGCCGGCGCGCCUUCGCCGAUGGCGGGGCCCUUCCCCUGCCGAGCCAGCAGCAGAUGCACCAGCUGAUGCACCAUCGCCGGGAGGAGGUCCUCGGCCAGGUGGUCCCCGGUGCCAGGCGGGACUUCCGCCAGCAGCUGGCCGACGCCGUGGCCGGCCGGCCGGAUCCCGCUGAGGUGACCCUUCCCCCGCGGCCGGAUUUCGACCAGGACGACUUGUGGACCGGCGGCCCGAUGAAGCCCUUCUCCCUGGCCGGCGCGGGUGAGAGCGCGGCCGGCGGGUCGCAGGUGAAUGACCGCGCGGCGGCCGGGCCCGGCGGCCGGCCGCGGCCGCGGCCCGCCUGGGACCCGGAUGGCAUCCUGCACCCGCACCAGCUCCUGUCCGCCGGCUUCCGCGCCGGCCAGCUUGGCUCCUCCAGUGGCUGGUCGUCGACGGAGCUUCGGCACCGCGACCAGCAGACCGACGGCCGGCAGCCCGCCGGCCCCGGGCGCCGCCAUUCCUUUCGGCGGGCCGGUGCUGACGACCACCAUGACCAGCCCCUUGCUGGGGCCUGGCGGCGAAUGCUCAACAGCCACCUUCCCAUCGACCCGCUUGGGCGCCCGCUCGAUCCGGGUGCCGGGGCACUGCGACCGGCCGGAGCUCUGUCGCGACCGGAACCUCCCCUGGCCCCCGACCUAAUGAUGCGCCCCUCGGUGGGGGGCAUGGCUCCCGGCGGCUCCCAGGGGGUGGCAUCGCUUGCCGAAGGCCCGAGCACCGGCCCCACCGAGCGCCUGGCUCUCGGGGGCCCUCUCGACGCCGGUGGACAUGCAGCCCCCCGGGAUCAGGGGAUGUUUAGCACGGCAUCCGGGCGCAUCUUCCGCAAUGGGACCUUCAACCGGCCGCCACUGCCCGGCCAGGGGGGCGCCCCGGAGCACGACCUGGCCGACCGCCGCGACCGUGCCCAGGCCGACUUACGCCAAUACCAGGCGGCUCGCCUUUCGGGCAUCGGGGCCGCGGCGGCCAGCACCGCCCCGGCCGGCGAGGAGACCCUCUGGCAGCCGGCCGCCGCCACGAGCUUCCAACAGCAAACCUCCGGCCCGAUGAAUGCCGGCGCGGGGCGUCGAAGCAAUGGCCACCGGGGCCCGAUCCCCGACCGCCGCCGCCGCUUCAACGACGACAACUUCUGCCAGAGCAUCAUCUUUGACCUCGGCGACUCGUGA